AUUUAAUCUAUUGUUGCAUACCAGAAAUAUUGGCAUAGUUAAUUAUGUUUGAAGUAAUUUUUAAAGUUAUUAAAUAUUAAUAUUUAAAAGUAGUUAAUAUAUUUUUAUAAUGUAUUAAGUAGUAUUCAAGUAUAUUUACUUGACAUUUGAAAUUUAUGAAUUUAUUUUCUAAAAUAAAACAAACUUUGUUUACCAACUAAACAAGAAUUGACUAUUAUUUUUUUUAUUUUUGAAAAAUGUCUGUUGAAAAUGACGAUAAAAAAUAUUUGCCAAAAUUUGAAUGGUUGAAGAAAUCAGUUCCUAAUUUUCCUGUUAAUGCUUGUAAUAUAAAGUUGUUAAGAAGUCCAUCUGAAUUCUACCAAACUUUAAUUGAACAAUGUAGUAAUGUUAAAUCCCGUAUUGUAAUUGCUUCUUUAUACAUAGGUACCGGCAAACAAGAAGUAUUUUUGAUUAAUACAAUUAAAAAAAUGCUUGAUAAAAUCCCUGAUUUAAGUGUAAGAAUUUUAUUGGAUGCAAACAGAGGAUCAAGAGGUAAAGAAAAUUCUUCAAGAACUUUGUUGUUACCUUUAAUAAAUUCCUCAAAUAAUUGUCGUGUUUUUUUGUACCAUACUCCAAAAUUAAGAGGUAUCGUAAGAUGGCUUUUAGCAGAACGCUACAAUGAACUAGUAGGAUUACAACAUAUGAAAGUAUAUAUUUUUGAUGAUAAUAUUUUAAUUAGUGGUGCUAACUUAAGUCAAGAUUACUUUACAAAUAGGCAAGACAGAUAUAUACUCAUUAAAGACAGCAAACCAUUAGUUGAUUUUUAUGCUGGGUUAAUAGAUUUAGUAGGCAAGAUUUCAUUUCAUCUUUCAUCAGAAAAUACUCUUUGUUUGGAUUCAUCCAUGAAAUAUCAUCCUUAUAAAAGCCUAUACAACAGUUUUGCAUCUGAAGCAAAAUUUUUACUUCUUAACUAUUAUAAUUCUCAUAUAAAAAAAAUCUGCUCGGGUGAAGAAUUAUCGAGUGAUACUGUAGUUUUUCCAUUAAUUGAAUUUCCACCUUUUGGCAUACAUAAUGAUAGUGAAAUAAUAACGAAAUUUUUAGAACAUGCUGAAGCUGAAUCAACAUUAAAUUUGGCUACAGGUUAUUUUAAUCUACCUGAUAUUUACAUCAAAACUCUAUUUAAGAAAUCAAAAGCUAACAUCAAUGUACUGUUUUCUCAUCCUAUGGCUAAUUCAUUCCAAACAGCUAAAGGACCUGCCAGUUUUAUACCUACAGCAUAUAGUGUGCUAACUAGUAAUUUUUAUAAAGAAGUACAAAAAUAUAAUUUAGAGAACCGAAUUAAAUGUUUUGAAUAUGAAAAAACUGGUUGGACGUUUCAUUCUAAAGGUUUAUGGUACAUUCCAAAAAAUUAUAAAUGGCCGAUUUUUACAAUUAUUGGAUCUUCAAAUUAUGGCGCAAGAUCACUGAAUUGUGACUUAGAAUCACAAAUAAUUAUUCUAACUGAUAAUCAGAAACUUCAAAAAACAUUUUUUAUGGAAAAAUGUGACUCUUAUAAGUCAGCUAUAAUUUAUACACCAAAUUGUGAAAAAUUAAUAGUUCCAUUAUGGAUUCGUUUUGUUUUAAAAAUAUUUAAAAAUUAUUUUUGAUUCUUUUAUUAUUGUUGUAUAUUAAUCUAUAUAGUCUAAAAGCAAAAUUAUCUAGUCAAUGUUUAUAAAAUAUGUACUAAAUGUAC